GACCGGCGACACUGCAGUCUGAAGUGGCAGGCCGCAGUGCAGAGCAUCCGGGAGAAGAUAACCACCGCCGUGCAGGACAUGCCCGAGAGCGAGGAGCUGCGGGAGCUGCUGUCCGGCUCCUACAUCCACUAUUUCCACUGCCAGAGAAUAGUGGAGAUCCUGAAGGGCACAGAGGCAUCUUCAAAGAACAUAUUUGGGAGAUACUCGUCUCAGAGGAUGAAGGACUGGCAGGAGAUCCUGUCUCUUUAUGAAAAGGAUAAUGCCUAUUUAGCGGAGCUGGCCAGCCUCCUGGUGCGCAGCGUGACCUACGAGGGGCCGGCGCUCAGGAGGCAGCUGGCCAAAGCCAAGCAGCUGCAGCAGGAGCUCAGCCGCAAGGAGCUGGAGUGUCAGAGCGGGGCAGCCGACCUCAGGGAGCGCUACUACUGCGCUUGCAGACAGUACGGCAUCACGGGACACGAUGUGAAGAGGGAGCUGCAGGCGCUGGUGAAGGACCUGCCCUCUGGCCUGGGGCGGCUGGGCCAGGAGGCGGCCUGCCUGGAGGAGCCCAUCCAGCUGUAUGGCGCCUUCACACGCUUCGUCUGUGACUGGUCAGGCCCCCUCCUCCCCAUGCUCACGUUCGCCCAGAAGCGGGGGAACGCCACGGCGUACGAGUGGAGGACAGGGGUCGCCCCCACAGUCGUGGAGAGAGCCCCAGUAGAAGAUGCCCCCCCCGACACCGUCAGCGAGGAAACGAUCGACUGGGGUGACCUGGGCGGCGCAGGAGCUGACUUGGGGAUCACAGUGGAGGACGGAGUGGACUGGGGCAUCAGCCUGGAGCCCAGCGCAGAUGAGGCUGACUGUGGUGGAAUAGACUGGGGAGAGGAGACAGCCAGUCCAGUAGAGAUUGAAGUCUUGGAAAUGGGCACUGACUGUCCUGACGGAGUCGCUAGGGGGGAGGACGCUCUCACUCUCUUGGAGAACCCCCAAACCCGGAGCCAGUUCAUCAACGAGCUCAUGGAGCUGGAGCUCUUCCUGGUGCAGAGGCUGACCGAGAUGAGCGAGGAAGGGGACGUCCUGGCCAUGAGCCAGUUCCAGCAGGCACCCCCUGUCAUCCAGGCCCAGACCCGGGACAAAGUCCAGGCCAUGCUGAGCCAGGUGCGCUCCAUGCUGGAGCAGCUGACCAACCUGCGCAUGCAGCACCUCUUCACCAUCCAGGCGUCGCCAAGGUACGUGGAGCGCGUGACCGAGCUCCUGCGGCAGAAGCUGAAGCAGGCGGAGAUCCUGGCGGCGAAGCAGCGUCUGCAGGAGGAGCAGCGGGAGGAGGCCCUGGCGGAGCAGGCAAGGCUGGAGCCCAAGAUCGACCUGCUGGCCCAGAGGACCCGCGAGCUGCAGAGGCUGAUCGAAGCCGACAUCUCCAAGCGAUACAACGACAGGCCUGUAAACAUGAUGGGAGUCACCGUGUGAGAGUCCGUCCCGUGCAGAAGACCACCAGCCCCCUCUCUUUGACAGUAAAUAAAGUAUAUUGUGUUUUGAUGAAAAGGUUCUGUGCGAUGCUGUUGUUAAUCAGCAUCCCCCCCCCCCCAACUAAAACACACACUGCAAAGAGCCUGUGCUGUAGCCAGCAGUAAAAUGAAAAUUAAUGCAUUGUUUUUACUGGUGUCUCCAGGCACCGCUGCUGCAAAUUAAACCCGCUCUCUUGAAUAAUUUA